AUGUCGAAGAUAGCAGCAACGCAAGUCGAAAGUGACAACUCCAUCCCUGGAGUCGAAGGGAACAAGGAUGGCGUUGCCGCUGCCACCGAAACAACAUGCAAAUCUUCUUCUAUACCAGAUGUUCUCAACAAUACCGACGAACCCACUUAUCGACCCUCAUCAGAGAAAAUCUCAAUGAGUGAUUCACCUAAUGUCAAAGGUGCAAACACCACUGCUUUGGGAGGUGAUGAUGCCCAAGAUGAGGAACUGAGAGAAGACGAGGAAGAAGUCGAAGAGCCGCCAAUAUUUGACGAUGCUGAUGAUGUUGAUGAUGAUGAUGAGCUUAAGGACCAAGAUGACAAUGGUGAGGGGGGCCAGGGUGAAAUAAACGAAGGACAACCUCAGGGCCAAACUUCUACAACCCCCACAACUAAAGUUAUUCUUGAGGGUUUUAGAGAUUUGACAAGAGCACCUGAGGGUCUCUCUUCAGAGGAAUUAGCAGCUCUGAAACAAAGCCAAUCCCUUGAGUAUAUGAAGGCUAUAGCUCUCCUCAGCCAAGUUAAUUUGUUGGAUGUUUCUCCUGAAGUUGCCAAUAUCAUCUUGGAGUUGGGUACCAUGAUAGAACAGGUUAUCGAAGACAAUAAAAUGCUUCCCCAAAUUACCAAAGAAAUCGAGCAUAAAUCAGGUGCUGAAGCUACUGCUUGGGAUGCAACUAGUGAAUCGACAAACAAGGCACUGGAACUGGAGGAGACGAAGAAGAAAAACCAGGCCAAGAUCGAAAACUAUGAUUGUCACAUUUCCUAG